AUGGCUUCGAAGCAGAUUCCCAAUGAUAUUUCGACAAUUCCAAAGUUUAAGGUUGUCGUUGUUGGCGAUGGUGGCGUUGGGAAGUCUGCACUUACAAUACAAUAUUUCCAACAUAUGUUUAUUGAGGAUCAUAAUCCUACUAUUGAGGACUCGUACAUUCAGAAUGUGGAAAUCGAUGGCGAGUGGUGCGUGCUCGAUGUCCUGGAUACUGCGGGACAGGACGAAUUCAGCGCAAUGCGAGAACAGUACAUGCGCAAAGGCCAUGGUUUUAUUGUGGUGUACUCAGUGACGGACCCGCAAAGUUUCCGUCAAGUUCGGAGAUUUCACACGCAGAUCCUACGCGCACGGGACCGGGACUCCUAUCCUGUGAUUCUGGCGGCCAACAAAAUCGAUCUUGUUCACCUCCGGGUGGUAUCCCCAGAGGAAGGACAGGCACUCGCUGACGAACUUGGCCGCUUCCGUAUCUUACCCUAG